CUUUCUCUCUCUAACAUGGCUAAACAUUUUGUACAACUCAGUUUCAGUUUCCUCCUGAUACUUAGCUUCAUUUUCUGUGCAACCGAAGCACGUCCGUUCAAUAUCUUAAAGUCUCAUGCCUCUGCUAAUAGAGGCGUUGGGGGCUUUUUUGAUGCCCUAAAUCUAGGUGCCAUCAAGAGUUCAAGUCCAAGCCCCGGUGAGGGACACAAAUUUACCAACUAUAAUAUAUUUGGAGGAAUUAAGGACUCUGGUCCCACUCCCGGUCAGGGACACACAGUUACUAAUGCUCAAACACUUGGAGGAAUUAAAGACUCUGGUCCCACCCCCGGUCAGGGACACCCAGUUACUAACGCUCAAACACUUGGAGGAAUUAAGGACUCUGGUCCCACCCCUGGUCAGGGACACACAGUUACUAAUGCUCAAACACUUGGAGGAAUCAAAGACUCUAGUUCGACUCCUGGCCAAGGACACAAAUCCACCAAUACUCAAAUACUCAGAGGGAUUAAGAACUCCAGUCCAAGUCCUGGGGUGGGACACAAUUAUGUUACUGGAACGCACCAAUGACGGUCUUACCUAUUGGUUCUUUAAUUUUACUAGUUUAUAAAUUUGUUAAUUCGUUGUUCUUCUUGGAUUUUUUUUCCCAUGUGCUAUCGAGUUAGAGGAUCGGUUAUUUAGCAAUUCUUUUGUAAAACACCUAUUGGUGUAAAAUCUUCUUUAUAUUUGUCACGCUUCUUUAAUACGAGUAUGUUUUCCUCUUUGACCAGCACAAUAUCAAAA